GUGCCAGUUGACUCGACCCUGCCCCGAGAAUCCCGUCAGUCAAAGGUUUUAUCCAGCCGCAAAAGGUCGUUUGAAGCCUGAAGCCAGCUUAAGCAGUUUAAAAUUCAAGUGUACAAUUCACACCACGAUGUUUAUCCGCGGGGACGUGUCGCGCAACCCGAGGGAGCGGAGCAUCCCCCAGAUCCCCAGCUCGAUGACCCCCUACGUGGCCUCGGUGAAGCGGGGACCCUUCACGAUGACCAACCCGGUGUUCCACAGCCACAACCCCCACCUGGUGGGCCUCGACGGCCAGGUGGAGGAGCCCGGGCCCCGGCACACUUUCAACGUGCAGAAGCAGGCGCUGGCCAACAACCACCGGCACCACCAGCGCCUCAUCCCCGUGCCCGCCUGCCGGCGCCCGAUGCCCCAGACCCGCUCCCACAUGGUGAUGAACGAGCAGCGGGAGCUGUACCGCCAGCACCGCGACCGCAUGUCCAAGAUCAAGGGCAAGGUGAACACCCACCUGCCGCCGCCCAAGGUGCAGAUCGAGGGCAACGGCAUGGAGCUCUCCUACAUGGAGAUGCUGACCGCCCUCUACAAGAAGAGCAACAACACGCUGCGCACGUUCACCAAGUCGCCGGAGCGUCUGGCCGCCGGCAGGUGGAACAACGCGAGCUUGGCGCGCGAGAAGGAGCGCCGCCAGCUGGAGCGCAACAAGGAGUUCCACAAGGGCGGCGAGCUCUUCGAUCCGCAGGCGGGCAAGUCCGGCCGGUACAGGCCCAAGGCGGCGGGCCCCUUCAGCUGCGAGAUCCCACUGCACGUGCUCCAUCGCUACGAGCAGCUCAUGGAGCAGUGCGACGUGGGGCUGCUCUGCAAGCUGCUGCGCCCCCAGAUCUACCUGGACCUCGAGGUGCGGGAGGCCCGCAUCCAGGGCCGGCUGCUCAUCCAGCUCUUCACGGAGGCCUGUCCCCAGGUGGUGCUCGAAUUCAUGAGGAUCUGCACGCAGGGCCGCAGCCACGCCAUCGUCUUCACCCGCGCCCUCGCCCCCGUCUGGAUGGAGGGCCGCCUGACCAUGGACCCGCAGCGCGGCUCCGAGCCAACCAACAUCGAGCACGACCUCGAGGUGCUCAACCACGGCGUGGACGCCGGCAUCCUCUCCUUCCCGAGUCGCUACGUCAGGUCGAACGGCCGCACGGCGGUCAACUUCACCAUCAGCUUCAAGCCGCUCUCCAUCCUCAACGGGCGGCGCGUCGCCUUCGGAAAGGUCCGCAAGGGCAUGCAGCUCCUGGAGAGGAUCCAGAGCGCCAUCGGCCACCUGCCCAUGGCCCACAACAUGAUCUCGCUGACGGACUGCGGCGUGCUCUGAGUCGUAAAUUCUUUGUAGACCCCAGAUACAACUGAUUUGUCCGAAUAAAAAGUGUGCAUCUAAUUCUAAGCAAUCCAAAAAGUAA